AUGAAUGCCUUGGACGACGAUCGACUGUCCAACAGCUCAAACGACUCGGACAACGAUAAUGACAACGACAACGACCGCAUUGAUCGGGACAACGACGCUGACGAGGCAAUGGAGGAUGUAGACGACAACGGCGAUCAAGACCAGGACGCAGAAGGCGAUGAUGACGAUAAUAACGACGACGACGACGAUGAUGAUGAAAACGGCGACGCAAAUGAUGAUGGAGAUGGCGACGCUGAUGGCGACGGCGAUGGAGACGAAAGUCAACCACCUCCAGCUACCAACUCCAAUGACCAGACGAGUACUCAUAUCAAGACCGAGCCCAAUGGUGAUACGGAGCGCGAAUCCACCACACCUUCACCGAGCUCGCACAGGAAAUGGCCCCAGCCUCGACCAGGGGUCCUCAAUGCCCGUCUUUACGAUAUCGUACCAACUAUGGCCGCACCUCAGUCCACUAGUGUUAACGCCAUGGCUAUCACGCCUGAUUUGCGAUAUUGGAUCACAGGAGGCUCCGAUGGCUACAUCCGUAAAUACGACGGCCCCAACACCAUCAAUGGAAAGCUGCCUUUGACCGUAGCCCAGAGACAUCCUUUUGUGGACAGCGUUACCAAAGCUGGCAUCCUCAUGUCAUACUGGGAGAACGAAGAGCCUGCACCUCCUGGCCGAGGCGAUCAAGAGCACAUACUCUCUCCUGUUUACUCCCUUGCUGUCCACUCCGAGGCUCUGUGGCUUUUGUCUGGUCUCGAGUCAGGCGGCAUCAACUUGCAGAGUGUUCGACACGACGAGGGCAAACGGAUCCACUGUCUACAACAGCACACUAACGCCGUGUCCGUCUUAACAUUGGCACAGGAUGAGAAGAGUGUUCUGAGCGGUGGUUGGGACAAGAAUAUCUUUGACUGGGAUCUUAACACCGGGAAGACAAUCCGCAGUUUUGACGGCAAUGCUGGUCAAAUAUCGGCCCUCGAGUUGCGGCCUGCUAACGGAGCUCCCAUUCCCGAAGAUGAUGACGAGCCACUGCCAUCUACGACAACAGUCACCAAUAACGCAGCUCCAAUUGCGAGCGGGAGCUUUACAGAUGGACUGACUCAAGACGGGUUAGAAGUAGACGAUAUGAAUGCCGAUUUCAACCCCGACGUCAACGCUGGUGACGGGCAAGCAUCCCCUGCUCAUGAUAGUCUUUUUGGAGGAAGCGAUGCAGGCAGCCUAUUCGGCGAAACAAAGGAGGACCAGCCCUUUGCGCAAGAUGAUGAUGAGUUUGGCGCUGGAUCCAUGGGCAUGAUGCCUGGGCAUGGCCACGAUAGUGCAAUGGACCAUUCUGCAGACAUGGCUGCUCUCGACGCAGGAAAAGAUACAGAAUUACAGCCUGUUACCGCCGUUGACCCUCCUCCGCCAGACACAUCGCAGGACGCAGCCGAUGCUAUGGAUGUAGAUCUCGUUCCUGCUCCGACACAAGGCACAGAGCCUUCCCAACCUACCCAGGACUCUCAACCUACCCAGGACUCCCAACCUCCCGCCUCUCAAGAAGCCCCCGCCUCACCACCUCUCAUACUAACAUCACCUCACGCCCCAACGCAGCACGACCCAACACAAACAUCCACAACGACCUUCCUCUCCGCUGCCAUGGAUGGGUACCUUCGUAUCUGGGAUAGGCGCCAGCCCGACCCUGUCGCGCGUAUAGGCACUCGCAACGGAGUCCCACCCUGGUGUAUGGGUGCAUGUUGGAGUCCCUCUGGCAAUGCCAUCUACGCAGGUCGUCGUAACGGCACUGUAGAAGAAUUCAACAUCCACAAGGCAAAGAGAAACUGGGAGCCCCAGAGAACAUUCAAGUUCCCUGCCGGCAGUGGAGCUGUCACCGCCGUAAGACCCAUGGUCAACGGCCGUCACCUCGUCUGCGCUUCCCAUGAUAUCCUCCGUCUCUACGACCUCCGCGACACCCGUGCGUUCAAGCACUCCACCGUUCCCUUCUUGAUUAUCCCUGGCCCUCCCCGUGCAGGUGUCAUCUCCAGCCUUUACAUUGACCCGACCAGCCGCUUCAUGCUCAGCGCAGCGGGUACCAGAGGCUGGGAAGGCACCAGUACUGAAGUACUUAUCGGAUAUGAGAUCAAUGUCACCGAUGGAUAA